GUGGGAGCGGCCCUGCGGCUGUGAGGCGUGUGGGCGGGGGCUGCUGUCGGUCGGCGCUGCGGACGGGGGCUGGUGGCUGCGUGAGGGCCGAGGGCUGCCACAGGCCGGUGGAGCGGGUCGGGGUGCGGAGUCUGCGCAGCCGCCGGCCGAAGCGGAGCUUUGCCUGCCACCCUCCUGCCAGGCGCUGAGGAGCUGCAGCCGAGCCCGGUGCCAGCGGGAUGUCAGCCCCACCAGACAAGCCGCACGACAUCCUGAAGAGCUAUGCGAAAAGCCUGCUGCGGACCCAGCCAGAGGAGUGGAGGAAGUUCGAGGGCAAUGAGGAGGCUGCGGCCGUGCUGGAUGAGUUCUUCCAGCAGCCGGACGUGCAGGAGUUGGUGCUGGGGCAGGAUCCCACCGGGCAGCUCCAGGCAACCGCCCAUUUCCCACCCACCCUCGAGAGCAAGGCCGUCUGCUUCGUGAAGAAGAAGAGGGAGGAGAUCACCCCAGAGAACUUUCAGAGUGGGGUGAUGGUGGGAGACAUCAGCCCCUCGCCGGUGGAGCAGCUCAUUACCAUGAUGGAGGAGCAAGCGGCCAUUGAUCCAAAGUUUGCUAGCUAG